AUGCUGUUGCUUGAUUGCAACCUGCAGAUCGACAGCCUGCAGCAUCUUUUGGAGACGGGGACCUCCGUGAACGCGCCCCCGGAUCCCUGCCAACAGUCGCCGGUCCACCUGGCCGCUGGUGGUGGCCUUGCUUGCUUGCUUUUGUGGCAGCUACAAACGGGCGCUGACCUCAACCAACAGGAUGUUUUUGGAGAAGCUCCACUACACAAGGCAGCAAAAGUUGGGAGUCUGGAAUGCCUAAGCUUGCUUGUAGCCAGAGAUGCCCAAAUUGAUUUAUGUAAUAAGAAUGGGCAAACAGCUGAAGAUCUUGCUUGGGCAAGUGGAUUUCUAGAGUGCGCCAACUUUCUUACAAGUAUUAAAUGUAUGCAGGCUAUAAAAUCAAGUAAAUCAUCCAAUAGAGGUGAUUGUUUUCCAGUGCUCAGACAGAAACGAACUUUUGGAAGUACAGAAAGUACAAACGGGAAAAGGAAGUGUUGGUAA